CAACAAGUACUGAAUUGCAUCUUGUUAAAAGAAAAGUACUGAGUUGCAUAUUGUAACAGGAGACAAUAUGUCAGCAAUGCGGUGACAAAGGAGUUGAGGAUGCUCUUGUUUACUGUGUCAAGUGUCUGAAUUUUGCAGUGCACCGCUACUGUUUGCCUACACUGCCAGAAACGUUUGAUGAGUUUGUCCAUUGGUUUUGUGAGGAUUGUGAACCAGAGUCUGUAAAACAAUCUCCUCUUGAGAAACCUUGCUCUACCCCAUUUGUUGAAAGGAAUCAUGUAAUGUCUGAAGGUGUUCAAGUGACCUACUCUAGAAAGAAUUUAAAGCAAAAUGAUGUUGCUUGCCGUGUGGCCGAGACAGAAGAGCAUCUACAUCCAAGUAGCCCCUCACAACAGCCUUGUGAUGCAAAAACAAAGCUUGAUUUGAUUGAGCACACUCAGUUGGCUCAUGAUUCUUCUUCACUGAAAACAAAAUUGAAGGUCACGACAGAAAAGGAAAGUACUUGCCCAGUCACUUUAACAGAGGAGAAUAGACAUCAAAAUAGCCCCUCCCAGCAACCUCCCGAGCUGAAUAGCAAGCUUGCCUUGACUGACAGUGCUCAGUUGGUCAGUGAUUAUUCUCUUCCAAAAAAAAAAUUGAGGAGGAUUAAAAAAGGUUUUACUCGCACGGUGGCUGAGGCAGAGGACCAAAGACAACAAAGUAGCCCCUCCCAGAAGCGUUCUGGGACACAGACUAAUCUUGACUCGACUGAGCAUGCUCAGUUGGCAGGUGAUUGUUCUGCCCUAAAAAUUAAAUUGAGGAGGAAAAAAAAGGAUGUUACGACUUCAGUAGCUGAGCCAGAGGAACAAAACUGUCAAAAUAGCCCCUCUCAGGAACCUUUUGAGGCACAUUUAGAGCAUGCUUUGUGUGUGGGCAGCCCUCCCCUGAAUGAGAGUAGGACUAUUAGCUCAUCUAGUGAGAAACUUGGAAAUGAUCUGAAACUUGGAAAACGAAGAAGAUUGAUUUUAGAGGGCAGUGAACUCGGUGAAGAGGCUGAGUCAGUUAGAAUUGCUGAUUCUCAAUUAGUUGUUGCUGAUUCUCAACUAGGCGUUGCUGAUUCUCAAUUAGGUGUUGCUGAUUCUCAACUAGUCGUUGCUGAUUUGUCAAAUGAUUUAGAACUCAGUGACUAUCUCCUUGCACAACCGAUCAUUGAUCCUAUUUGGAGGGGAAAUUUUAGUAUUUACAACAAAGAUUAUGGUUUAUUGGAUGGAGUUGUAGCCCAUUUGUCAAGCAAAGCGUGCCCAAAAGUGUGUGAAGAGGCUAGUCUGUUACCAGCAUUGCUUCGUUCAGAGAUCCUUCCAAAGACUGAUGUCUGGCCAAAGAGUUUCCAGAAAUCAGAACCAUGUGAUGACCAUAUUGGCCUAUAUUUCUUCUCUGAAGACAAAAGGUAUGAAAGCUUGGUGGAUGACAUGAUGCACCAAGAACUUGCCUUGAGAGCCGUUGUCAGAAAUGCAGAGCUCUUGGUUUUCCCUUCUACUGAAUUGCCACUACUGUACUGGAAAUUCCUUGGCAAAUAUUAUUUGUGGGGAGUGUUUCGGCCAAAGAAAGCAUCCUCACCUGAUGCAGCAAAUCACGAUCUUGUGGUUGUAAAUAGCAACAUCGAAUGUGCUUCAUAUUCAAAAUCUGCAAAUGGUAUGGAUACUGAAGAGGAAAGAAACCUCACAAAGACCAAGAAACUGUAGCACGGAGUCCUCUAAGUCCUUUAAGCAAGCAACUGUAGCAGUUCAGGGUGAACUAUGAACAAGAUGUGGAACUGGAAUCUGGAGAUUGAUAAUACAUCUGAAGUUCUGAGGUCGAUGAUAAAAUAGGAUGUGCUAUUAGCUUUUCGGUGUAAACCCUCCUAUGGAGCAACACACUAGAAGAUCUUGUAGCUGGUAGUAAAGAGGUAAAGAUAGUGAUUUAGUGAAUGACAUAGGCAGUUGUGGAGGUUUGAAUUGGUUGAGAUCCGGCAGGCGGUCAAGGCAAGGUUGCCGCCCGCCGGAAGGCGAAGAACACCAAGAUUUUUAACCUUGCUCUGAUACCAUGUAAAAAUAAAUGUAUUAUUGAUUGAUUGAUUACAAGAUUGUUGUGUUAUUUACAAAUGUUGAGAUGCUGUUUAUAUAGGAUAUGAUUUGGGAGUAGGUGAAGGUGGUAGUGGAGGUGGUAGGUGAAGUGUAGUGGAGGUGGUAGGUGGAUGUGAAUUAUGGUAAAUUCUAACAGCACUUUCUGUGUCAU